CAUCUCUCUCUCUCCGUCCCGUUCCCCCCUGCCCCCGCCUCUCCCCGCCCUGCCGCCGCCGGCCCUGGCAGAGCAGGCACCGCAGGGGGAUCUCGAUGUAACACCAUGACAGGCAUCGCCGCCGCCUCCUUCUUCUCCAACGCCUGCAGGUUCGGGGGCUGCGGGCUCCACUUCCCAACCCUGGCGGAGCUCAUCGAGCACAUCGAGGACAACCACAUCGAUACAGACCCACGUGUUUUAGAGAAACAAGAACUUCAGCAGCCAACCUAUGUUGCUCUAAGUUACAUUAACAGAUUUAUGACUGAUGCAGCUCGACGUGAGCAGGAGUCUUUGAAGAAGAAGAUUCAACCAAAGCUCUCUUUGACUUUGUCAAGCACAGUGUCCCGUGGGAAUGUAUCUACUCCACCUCGCCACAGCAGUGGAAGCCUUACUCCUCCAGUCACCCCUCCAAUCACUCCCUCCUCUUCUUUUCGCAGUAGUACUCCUACAGGUAGUGAAUACGAUGAGGAGGAAGUAGACUAUGAAGAAUCAGACAGUGAUGAGUCCUGGACUACAGAAAGUGCUAUCAGCUCUGAAGCUAUCCUUAGUUCAAUGUGCAUGAAUGGAGGGGAUGAGAAACCCUUUGCCUGUCCUGUUCCUGGAUGUAAAAAAAGAUAUAAGAAUGUGAACGGUAUAAAGUACCACGCCAAGAACGGCCACAGAACGCAAAUCCGCGUGCGCAAACCGUUCAAAUGUCGCUGUGGGAAGAGUUACAAGACAGCUCAGGGCCUGCGGCACCACACAAUCAAUUUCCAUCCCCCCGUGUCUGCUGAGAUUAUCAGGAAGAUGCAGCAAUAACAUGCUGGUCACAAAUGUGCCAAGAAACCCUCACCAGCAGUUGCUGAUUUUGAGAACAGCCACCUUUUUCAGGGGAAGCAUUCAGCAACCCUUUAAAAAAAUUAAAUGCAUGCUUUAAAAUUUUCUGUAAUUUUGGAAUGAUGUAUCUUUGUAGAGUUAAUGAUUUUGUACAUUUGCACAUGUAAUCAUCAUACCCAUUUUCAUUACUAUGAGAUAAGGUGCUAUAAAAGCUAUAGGUUCUUCAGAACAUUUUUCUCCAAAACAAACAAAACAAACUGGGGAUGGGGGGUGGGGGGCACUGGGUAUUUAGUUGUCCUGAAGUGUUGAAUAGGAGUGAGAGGAGGAGAGCUUGGCACUGACAUCCUUUCAAGAUUGUAACGUGAUGAAGACUUUUGAUGCAUCUGUCAAUGUGUGUGCAAAACCAAAACAACACCACCCUCGUCAAACUAGAGUUAACAUGCCUUACAUAAAUGGAGUUAUCAGUGGAGUAGCAAGACUUUUAGGUAAUGGAAAUAUAAAUAAGAAAGAAUGUUUAACAUAAUAUGCUAAAAAUAUUUUCAUACUUAAAUAACAUACAUAAAAGGUGUGCUUGCUGUAUUUUAUAUUAUCUUGCAAAUUUUUUUUUUUUUUCUUCCCUCUUGAAAUGAUGAAAAUCCUGCCAUUCAAACUAGUAAACAAUCACCUUAGUGAUAGAAAUUACUACUUUUUUGUUGUCAUAUUGUGUUCAUGCCCAUCAAAUAUUUGAGGACCAAUCUCUCAGUCCAACUAAAUAGUUACCCCUGAACUAUCUGUCAGAAAGACACUUGGAAAUACUUAAGUGCAAAUUUAUGUGUGUGUGAGAAACAAUUAUCUUCAUCUCAGAUGAAGUUUUAAAGCACUUUGUAGUUCUCUAUUGCCAACAGAUUUAAUGUUUUAUGUGUUGCCAAUUCUUGCAACUACUGUACAAGCAUGUGCCUGUGGUUGCAAAUAAAAAUUAAAAAUUCUACGCCUGGUUUAAGGAGGUCCAUUAUUUGUGCUAAGGGAGUUUCUAAUGCCUCUCCCUCAUCUUUAUUGUAUUUUGAGAUUUCCUUUGUGUGGUUUUUUUUCCUUCUCAUUAUAGGUCACUGCAUUCCAUGGGCAAGUGUCUGUUUAGCUUUACAGUUAAUUUUGCAGAAAUAUGACAUAUGAGCCUUACUGAAGAUUAUUAAGUGCUUCUUGCAGCAGGUGGUCAGAGACUGAUGGCAAACAAAGGCCAACAUGAGAGCACUUCGUGUCUGGACCAUACCUGAGCAUUCCUGGCUUGCCAGCCUGCCUUGCGCAUUCUUCUCUCACAAGUGCUCUUCUUGGAGCUGAGCUGGCCGGGAGGGGGCAGCCCCUGCCCCGGCCCCAAACUUCUGACCCCCCCAGGUUUAGGGAGGAACUCGUUGUGUUAACCACGGCCAUCGCCUUUGCUUUGGUCCUUGUCCUUCACGUGCAAAGGAAAGCUCAAAUAAAGGAGGAAUGAGCUUUCCCUCUUUUUUCCCAAAGCUUUAAAUAAAAAGUUGGUAAGGAUGACAAUUACCUGUUCUCCAGCAGAGUAAAAGUCUAAUUGAACCACUUGAAAAUCAUCCUAGUGAGUAAGUGUUUCAAACGAAGCAUCACUGUUUCAUACCCCAGAGGUGACAGUGCUUGCGCUGCGCUGUCAGUCGGGGUCGAAGGAUGAUCCAGACAUGAGAGUUCCUGGCACACACAAGGCCCAGGUGGCCAUUUCCCACCUUCUGCAGUUUUGGCAACAGAUCUGGCCAACAAACACAUUUAGGCUCUGCUCCUAGUGCAAGAAACUACAGGCUGGGUAAGUUCAUUCAACAGCUAAACAGUCGUAAAGCGUCAUUGUUGCAUGUAAAUUCCUUUCAACUAUGAAAAAUGAAAUUCCAGUUUCUAUUUACUUAUUCAUUGUGACAGUAUUAUUAAACUGGUAAAGAUGGGACUAUUUUGUUAUACUGUGUAUAGUGAAUGUAUUGUACCGUGUCUGUGAAAAGUGUGCUUUAAAUUAUAUUUUCAUAUGUUUUGUUGGGGACAAAGUACUUUUUAAGUUUGAAAGUGACAGAGGUUUGUUUUAGAACUGAAGGCAACUUAAAAGAAAUCCUGUCAAGAAAGCUGCUUAUAAAUGUAAAUCAAAUCACAUUUAAAAUAAACUGCCUCUGAUCUAAAAA